UAUAAAAAGGGUCACUCAUAACCUUCAUUUCCCAUCACACAAAAUAAAAUGGCUCCUCUUAGAAGAAGUAGAAAUAAUUGUGCACCUACCCUAAUUGUGGUCCUAGCGAUUCUCGCCGGGGCCGUGCCCCGGUUGAUGGCACAAAACUGCGGGUGUGCGGCGGACGAGUGCUGCAGCCGGUACGGAUACUGCGGUAAAAGCGACGACUACUGCGGGACGGGGUGCCAGGAGGGACCGUGCAACACGCAGCCGCUGACGCCGAGCACUCACAAUGUGUCCGUGGCGGACAUCGUGACGCCGGAGUUCUUCAACGGCAUAAUCGACCAGGCUGAUGCCGGCUGCGCUGGCAAGAACUUCUACUCGCGAGAGGUUUUUCUUGAGGCUGCCAAUUCCUACCCUGAGUUUGGUCAGGUUGGUUCCAUUGAUGACUCUAAGCGCGAGAUUGCAGCCUUCUUUGGCCAUGUCACGCACGAGACUGGACAUUUUUGCUAUAUAGAAGAGAUAAAUGGGGCGUCAGGUGACUACUGUGACGAGACAAACACACAAUAUCCAUGCAACCCGGAGAAGAAGUACUACGGUCGCGGACCAAUCCAAUUAUCUUGGAACUUCAACUACGGUCCUGCCGGCGAAAGCAUUGGAUUCGACGGCUUAAACUCUCCCGAAACUGUCGCCAACGACCCCGUCAUCUCCUUCAAGACAGCCUUGUGGUAUUGGAUGGAAAAUGUUCGCCCCGUCAUCGGUGAAGGCUUCGGAGCCACCAUUCGUGCAAUUAACGGCGCUCUCGAGUGCGACGGCGGUAACCCCACCACCGUUCAGAAGCGCAUUGAGUACUACACUGAGUAUUGUAACCAAUUGGGUGUUGAUCCUGGCGAAAACCUUACUUGCUAGCUAGAAUAUAUGUUAGAGAACUAUUAUACUAUAAUUAAUAAGCAUACAAAUAUUAUACAGUCAAUAUUUAAGGAAAUUCAAGGUUAUCUGAAUUUCUAUCUUCUGAUGUUUGGAUCUUAUUGUUGUUGUGUGCGCUUCUUUGUGAAUUGCAUACAAGGAAAUGAAGAAUAAUACAUAAUUUACAAAUACAUAU